AUGGCAGAUACAGACGUGGCACCGCCUGAGGUGCAUCAUUACAAUAGUAUUGAGGAAGUCCCCUGGGAUAUUCAAAAUUAUUGGGCCCAACGGCACCGCAUCUUCUCCCAGUACGACGAUGGAGUAUGGUUGACAGAUGAUGCGUGGUUUGGAGUCACGCCUGAACCGGUCGCCAACAAGAUAGCAGCACAUCUGGCGGAGACUGCUCCCGCUGGGCGCUGUAUCUUGGUUGAUUGCUUUGCUGGCGCCGGGGGCAAUACCAUCGCUUUCGCAAAGUCUGGCAAAUGGAAGCGCGUUUAUGCUAUCGAAAAAGACCCGGCUGUUCUCCAAUGCGCCCAACAUAACGCCAAGAUUUACGGUGUUGAUAAUAAGAUCACCUGGUUUGAAGGCGACUGCUUCCAGAUCUUGAAGAAUCAACUUAAAGACCUCGCACCUUACAGUGUCAUUUUUGCAAGCCCUCCUUGGGGCGGUCCGGGCUAUCGCUCUGAUGAGGUAUUCAAUUUGCGGACCAUGGAGCCAUACUCGCUUGAAACUCUCUACAAGGAGUACUCACUCUUUACUCCUCACAUGGCUCUAUACCUGCCUAGGACGUCGAAUGUGAAACAAUUGGCGAAAUUUGUGCCUGAGGGUCGCAAGGCAGAGGUGAUGCACUAUUGCAUGGACGGCCACAGUAAGGCGCUGUGUAUUUUCUAUGGUGACUUGACUGUACAACAAUAG